ACUACACAUAUCCAGAUACUAGUAUCUACUCAGAUGUUAUUUAUUGUUCCCAAACAAUAGUUAUCAUUUUCAACUCUCUUAGGAGUACGCAACACAAGCCGCCUUGGGGCGCUGGAAGGUUUUAACAUCCAUCCCUUACAAAGCAGGAACCUGAAGUAAGUUUCUUGGCCUGGGUGACGCUACAAAUUUUGAUGCUCCAAGUCAAAACUGAAGUUAUUCAAAAGAGGGAAUUCACUGGGAUAAACCACAUGUACCAAGUGGCAGAAGCAAACCAAGACCAUCUGCAUAACAAGCUAACACACAACCCAGAAGGCCAUGCAUCAGCCCCCCAUACCCAUAACAGGAACAGCAAAUGUGCUGUCCACAAACAAAGCAUAGGCUGUAUUAAAAAAGUGAUAAAAGGCACCACUUCAAGGCUUACAUACCUACACAAAGGUUCACUGUAUUGAAGUAUUGAGGUGGUAACAAGUAUUCUCCAUGGACUGCAGCAGAGGCACAUAUUUCCAAGAAGAAGGUGUAGUGCUUCUAAGAAUAACUGUCAGUUUCCCAGAAAUGAAACCGAAAGUUGUGCAUUUCUUAGAUAAGGAGUUUGAUUGAUUCACAGCUCAUGUCAUAUACAGGCUUAUGCUGAGUAUGGUAGUGUAGAACAUGCCCCGGAUUGGAGCUGCAAUAAGUUCCGGUAUUUCUCAAAAUCAUGUCAAUGCUUCAAAGAAAUAUCAUCAUAAUCAUAACGACAAUCAAUGGUGUCAGUCUGACCAUUCAGCAGUGAAAAGCCAUGACCCCUAGUUUUCCUGGAAACAGGACAGUGUACGUUGAACACUUUGACAGGAUGUUUUACAGUCUGUCAUAGCAAGGAUUUGACAGUAGGAUCCACUAUGGCUGGCAACAGUUACCAUGCAUCAGUAAUUUCAUUUAAAACCAGUGAAACCUCCCCUGCAGUGUUGAAGCUGAACAUAACAUGGGGGGACAACACCCAUAUUGUUGUGGCUGUCACCAACCAGAACAACUACCUGGAACGUAUCCUGCUUCUGGAGAAAUGCGAGUUCUACAACUUCCUGUGGUCGGGGUUCUCCAAGUCUCAGCUGAACAGUGUGCUGGUGUGGGGCCUUAAGGACAACCCAGCUACUGGCGCCGGCGCCAACCCACUGCUCGCAUCUUACACUGUGGGGACUUCCAGGAAAGUUUCAGUUCCACAGUCUGGUGAACCAGAGGUGACAGAGAGGAUACAUGACCUUGACCUUGCCGGCGAGUAUCUCUUCUGGUCAAGUCAUCGCAUGACCGACUUGAUGAAAACACAGGAUCACCUUGAGAUGGAGGUGGAGCACGAGCCACCAUUGACCUACAGCCUUAGACCUACAGGACCAUCUUACAGUGAGGCAGGUCUGUGUGUUGUGUACUGUGAAAGAAGUCAGAAGGAGUUUGUUGUGAUGUCGUCCACCCCGAUCAGCACCGGCAUCCCACUCCUGCCCGUCUGUCAGUCCAGGAACAACUACAGGGUCAAGGUCAUUGGGUUAACAAACAAUAAAGGUCACACAUUCAGACAGCCAUCUCGAAUCUGUGAACAAAACACACCCUGUGGAAGCUCAAGCAUCAUUGACAUCAAGACCUGUAUGUCCAAAGACGAUCUUGCAAAACUCCUGGAGAAGGCAGAAAGAUACUGUCGGGACAACGCCCUAAUUCCCAGGAAAUAUCCCAUCACACAGAUGUAUCGGAAUAAACCAGCAUCCUACUUUGAUAACAUCAUGUCCAACAGAAACGGAGUAAUGGAGAAAUACCUGAAGGACAACAAUGGCGACCCAUAUUCUGCUAUCAACCACAAGAUCAGUGGCCUCUUCUUCAGUGGAUCGUUCGACACAAGGGAAACAAAUCCUCCACAACGGCCACCAAACUUCUCAUUCUUUGGCGGAAGUCGACUUUUCCUCCCAGCAGAGGUACUGUUUUCAUCAGACACCAGGAUGUACUUUGCAGACUUCUUUUGUCACAAAACAGUACAUUAUGUCACAGCAGUUGUCACUAUGAGGGGAUCAGAGGAAGACAGAUUCUGUGAAGGAAGACUCAUUGAGCUGGACUUGAAGGACAACCCGUUUUUUACAGUCACAGAAAACAUCUCGUAUAGAAGAAACGAGACAUCAGUCUUCCCUAAUUCUGUAAGUAGUGAUGAACGUCAUCCAGCAUCACAGGACCUCUCUUCUUCAGAAACACCAGUGGCCAGUCCAGCCUCUUCUUCAGAAACACCAGUGGCCAGUCCAGAUUCUCCUUCAUAUACCAUCCAAAAAGACGUCGAGAAGACAUUCAUGAUGACGUCUGUCAACAGCUUCCACACAGAGUUUCUGUUCACUGAAGAUGUCGACAUCAAGGGCCUGACAAACAAAUAUGGGGAGAACAAAGUUUACCGAAGAGUAGUUCAAACUCGAGGCAAGGGACAUAGUUUUCAAGAUGGUAUUCCAAAGAAAGCUUACUGUGGAAUUUGCAACCUUGAAGACUGUUAAUAGAAAAUGUCAGUGUUGCGUUUUCUGUCUCUUGUUUAAUGCUACAUUUUACAAUAUUCCAACGGACAAAAGAAAUAUGGAAACAAACAAUGACAGUUUGUAAAGUAGUCUGUCUCACAGUCCCUGAACGACAUUUUUCCCCUACUUCCUAGCCCAGCAAUGCUAAAGCCCUAAAAGAAGCAAGUCUAGAUUUCUUCAGGUUCUGAAUCUCUCUCUGGGGCUCUCUUCAAUGUAAAUGGGUUUAUUUGUUAAAAUCAAAAUUAUACAUAUUUAGAGACUAAGCGUUAGCCUAUGGGUAUAGAUGUGAGGUUUUACUAACUCAUAAACAUUACUUUCAUGUAAGCCAAUAGUUUGCAAAGCUUUAUAUUUAGAUAGUAUUGAGGGUCUGCCCAACCGUUUUAGCAACAAUCAUGUGUAAGCCUGGGCUUUUUUUAUAUAAUGUCAGCUCACUUCCUAUUCACGUGACCAUUCUGCGGAAUGUCACAUGCUGAAGGUUGAGCUCAGAUGUGAUGUUGCCGGCUUACAACUGGAAACAGGGACCCUGAUGCUUCAGGGACUUACAUUUGCUGGAAGCAGUGAACAAGAAAGUCCCAUUCUGCAUCCACAUCAACCGUAAAACACUGGAUGAAUCCAACAUCAGACUUUGAGGGAAGAUUCAACUGUCUCACUUUCUGUCAACCGUCAAUGUGUGUUUGUGCUUGUAUUUACAAAGCUAUUCUGUGAUAUCAAUACAACAUGAACAUAGUUUUGUUUUGUUUUAGUGAUUGUGUGGCUUGUAUAUUUACAUGUCAAUGUCUUAUUAUUGUAUCAUAAUGUAUAGGUACAUGGUGUGAUGUGAAUUGACGAAUUUGUGAGCAUGUACAUAUAUAAUGGUUACUGAGUUAUCUUGAUCUCAUCCAAGA